CUGAUUUUCGUUAUAGUGCAAAGAAAUCGAAAUCAAUUACAUCAUGCAAAUAUUAUUGGAUUUCCAAAUCAUAUAUGCUCAUGCAACACUGUCAUUAAUUGUACUCUUUGAACACAGACUAUCAAUCACUCUCCACUUUACUUCGCUUAACAAUUGCAACAAAAAAGAAAGAAAAAACACAAAAAGAAAACGUAAAUACGUUUCUGCUGCAGUAAAAUAAGAAUAAUUUUCAGCAAAAUGUCAGGUUUAAUAGACAAAAGAAAAAGGAGUCGUGAAGAUGACAUUUGUGAUUCCACACCAUUGUCUAAACGAAUUAAUCAGCUGCAUUUGACAAAUUUGGAUGAGCCCCAGCAGGCAAUACACCAAAUGCAUUUUAAUGACCCCACCAAACUAGUUGGCCUAACUGAACAUUACAAUAAUAACAAUGCUUUGAAUAUGCCUUUGCAUAGUAAUCAAAUUUCAAUUACUGGUGAUCAACAACACUUGCAUAUGCAGCAUCAACAGCACUCUUAUGCACCUGAGCUGAAUGAAGCUGAAAAUCCAUUCUAUUAUGUGAAGAAUAAAUUGUUAUACGAAUUGCACUUCGAGCGACUUAAAAGGUGUGUUGUAUAGAGUGUAAAUCGAAAAAAAGAAAUGAUGAUGAUAUCAAUCGAAACAAGUUUGAUGUGAGCAAAUGAGCAAAGCUUUUGAAACAAUAAACAAAGGCAAGCUUAUAUGAUUUUCAACAAACUACUAUCUUUAUUGUAAUUUACAACUAUUAUAUAUGAUGUAAGAACUAUAUGUAUCUAAUAACUACCUGUGUAGAUGUUAAGUAUUUUUUGGCUACUAUCGUCCAACUUGAGGAUUAUUCAUACAUUAUGUUCAUAACUACAUAUUUAUAAUAUUUGUAACCUUCCAAAAACAUUGGGCAGUGAUAGCAAUAUCUUGGUUAUUAAUCGUCAACUUCUUAUAUUAGUCUUAUUCAAGUGGAUUUUGUAAACGUUAAUUACUUACAUAUAUACACCUCAAAUAAUGACCACAAGCCAAAUAUGUAGUAUUUGUAAAUGCUCUCGUACUAAAAUAAAUUAGUUGUGUUUGUGAACGCCUGAGGCACAAAGUGGUGUGUUCAGUUGUGUGCCCUACACAAGUAUUUAUUCGCCAAA